AUGUCAGUUUAUGAUGUUGGUACUCGUUGUUGGUACCCUGAUGAUAAGUUAGGUUGGAUAGGUACAACAGUCAAAUCAUGUAAAUUGAAUAAUAAUCAAUAUGACAUUCAAUUGAAAAAUGAUGAUGAUGAUAAUGUAUUUGAUGUUACUACCAAAUCCAUUGAAGAAGAAGAUAGUAAAUUUCCUUUAAGAAAUCCACCAAUUUUAGAAGCCAGUGAAGAUUUAACUAGUUUAUCAUAUUUAAAUGAACCAGCAGUUUUACAUGCUAUUAAAUUAAGAUAUAGUCAAUUAAAUAUUUAUACAUAUUCUGGGAUUGUUUUAAUUGCCACCAAUCCAUUUCAAAAGAUUGAUCAAUUAUAUUCUCAAGAUAUCAUUCAAGCUUAUAGUGGUAAAAGAAGAGGUGAAUUAGAUCCUCAUUUAUUUGCUAUAGCAGAAGAUGCUUAUAGAUGUAUGAAAUUAGAUGGUAAUAAUCAAACUAUAGUGGUUUCAGGAGAAUCAGGAGCUGGGAAAACCGUAUCAGCUAAAUAUAUCAUGAGAUAUUUCGCCAGUGUUGAAAAUGAUAAAUCUGAUAAUGGAGAUAUGAGUGAUGUUGAAAAGCAAAUUUUAGCUACUAAUCCAAUUAUGGAAGCUUUUGGUAAUGCUAAAACCACCAGGAAUGAUAAUUCAUCUCGUUUUGGGAAAUAUUUAGAAAUUUUAUUUGAUGAUAAAACUUCAAUUAUUGGUGCUAGAAUUAGAACCUAUCUUUUAGAAAGAUCAAGAUUAGUUUUCCAACCCAAAAAUGAAAGAAAUUAUCAUAUUUUUUAUCAAUUAUUAUCAGGAUUAAAUAAUGAUGAUAAAUUAAAAUUAAAUCUUUCCAAUCCUGAUGAUUAUAAUUAUACUUCUCAAGGUGAUGCAUCAAUUAUUGAAGGUACUGAUGAUGUUAAAGAAUUUCAAAUUACUCAAGAAGCUUUAUCAUUAAUUGGUAUUAAUGAUGAUAAACAAUUUGAAAUUUAUAAAAUCUUAGCAGCUUUAUUACAUAUUGGUAAUAUUGAAAUUGCCCCAUCAAGAAAUGAUGCCCAUUUAUCAUCAGAUGAACCAAAUUUAAUUAAAGCUUGUGAUUUAUUAGGUAUUGAUGCUAUGAAUUUUAGUAAAUGGUGUGUUAAGAAACAAAUAACUACCAGAUCAGAAAAGAUUACAUCAAAUUUAAAUUAUAAACAAGCAUUAGUUGCUAGAGAUUCAUUUGCUAAAUAUAUUUAUUCAGCAUUAUUUGAUUGGUUAGUUGAUUAUAUAAAUGCUGAUUUAUGUCCACCAGAAGUUAGUGAUAAAGUUAAUUCAUUUAUUGGAGUAUUAGAUAUUUAUGGAUUUGAACAUUUUGAAAAAAAUAGUUUUGAACAAUUCUGUAUUAAUUAUGCUAAUGAAAAAUUACAACAAGAAUUUAAUCAACAUGUAUUUAAAUUAGAACAAGAAGAAUAUGUUAAAGAAGAAAUUGAAUGGAGUUUUAUUGAUUUUAGUGAUAAUCAACCAUGUAUUAAUUUAAUUGAAAAUAAAUUAGGGAUCUUAUCAUUAUUAGAUGAAGAAUCAAGAUUACCUUCAGGUUCAGAUCAAAGUUUAAUUGAAAAAAUGUAUCAAACAUUAAAUAAAGAACCAACCAAUAAAGUAUUUAAAAAACCAAGAUUUGGUCAAUCUAAAUUUAUUGUUGCUCAUUAUGCUUUAGAUGUUAGUUAUGAUAUUGAAGGAUUUAUUGAAAAGAAUAGAGAUACUGUUGGUGAAGGUCAUUUAGAAGUUUUAAAGAAUUCAUCCAAUGAUUUAUUAAAAGAAGUUUUAGAAAUUAUUGAUAAAAAUGCUAAUGCUUUACAAUUAACUGGAGCUAAAAAAUCUAUUGCUAGUAAGAAACCAACAUUAGGAUCAAUUUUCAAAAAUUCAUUGAUUGAAUUAAUGAAAACUAUUAAUUCUACUAAUGUUCAUUAUAUUAGAUGUAUUAAACCUAAUGAAUUAAAGAAAGCUUGGGAAUUUGAUAGUUUAAUGGUACUUUCUCAAUUAAGAGCUUGUGGAGUAUUAGAAACUAUUAGAAUUUCAUGUGCUGGAUUCCCAACUAGAUGGACUUAUUUGGAAUUUGCUGAUAGAUAUCAUAUUCUUGUUAAAUCUGAUGAUUGGAUUGAAGUUAUGAAAAAUUCUUUAAAUGUUGAUGCUAAUGGUAAAAAUAAAGAAUUAUCUCAUUUAUGUAAUCAAAUUUUAGAAACUAAUCAAACUGAUAAGAUGAAAUAUCAAUUAGGUAAUACUAAAAUCUUUUUUAAAGCUGGGAUGUUAGCUCAUUUUGAAAAAUUAAGAAGUGAUAAAUUAUUUAAUUCUGCUACUAUGAUUCAAAAGAAUAUUCGUAGAUUUGUUGUUCAAAAAAGAUAUCAUGAAAUUUUAUCAAGUCAUAAACAACUUCAAAGUUUAAUCAGAGGUAGAUUAGCUCGUUUAAGAAUUAAACAUGAAAGAGAAACUACUGCAGCUAUAUUAAUUCAAACUAUUGUUAGAGGUUAUCAAGCAAGAAAAUCAUUGAAAGAAUCUCUUGAUUCAAUUAUAACUUUACAAAAAUCUAUCAGAGGUUAUCAAGCAAGACAAUCAAUGUUAACUUUGAAAACUGAAAAAUCCGCCAUUGUAUUACAAAAAUCUUGGAGAGGUUUAAAUAAUAGAAGAAGUUUUAUUAAACAAAAGAAAUCAGCUGUUCUUAUUCAAAGUUUAAUUCGUAGAAAAUUAGCUGUAGGAGAAUUAAAACAAUUAAAAGUUGAAGCCAAAUCAGUUAAUCAUUUUAAAGAAGUUAGUUAUAAAUUAGAGAAUAAAGUCAUUGAAUUAACUCAAUCAUUAACUGCUAAGAUUCAAGAUAAUAAGAAACUUAUUAGUGAAAUCACCAGUUUGAAAUCUCAAUUAGAACAAUCAAAUAAUCAUCAUGAUAUGUUAAAAUCCAAAGAAUUAGAAUUUAAAGAUAAAUUUAAUAGUCAAAAUGAUGAACAUCAAACCGAAAUCAAUAAUCUUAAUGAAGAAUUACUCACUAUAAAGAAUGAAUAUCAAUCAGCAGAAUCAAGAAUUGAACAAUUAACUAAAGAACAAAAUUCUCUUAAACAACAAGUUCAAGAUAAUUUACAAGAUUUAAAGAAUGCUAAAGAUGAAUUACUUAAACGUGAUACCAUUGAAAUUGAUUUAAAGAAUAAUAUCGAUCAAUUAAAGAAUGAAUUAUCAACAUUAAAGAGUCAACCAAUAGUUAUGCCUAAAUUAAAUGCUGCAAAGAAUAGAAAUAUUAAUACCAAACGUCAUUCAUCAAUAAAUUCAUCAAAUAAUAAUCAUAUGGGUGAUAAUAGACCUGUUUCAGUAAUAGCUAUUUCUAAUGAUGAAGAAACCAAUAUUGAUGAUAUUAAUGAUGAAUUAUUCAGAUUAUUAAGAAAUUCUCGUCAAUUACAUCGUGAAGUUGUUGAAGGGUUAUUGAAAAACUUGAAAAUCCCACCUGCUGGUGUUGCAUCAGAUUUUACUCGUAAAGAGAUCUUAUUCCCAUCAAGAAUUAUUAUCAUCAUUUUAAGUGAUAUGUGGAGAUUAGGUUUAACCAAAGAAUCUGAAGAAUUUUUAGGUGAAGUCUUAGCUACCAUUCAAGUAAUUGUUUCAAAUUUGAAAGGUGAUGAUGUUAUACCUCAUGGAGCUUUUUGGUUAUCAAAUACUCAUGAAUUAUAUUCAUUUGUUUCAUAUGCUCAACAAACCAUUUUAUCAAAUGAUACUUUAUCUUAUGAAAUGAGUGAAGAAGAAUUCGAUGAAUAUCUUAAAUUAAUUGCUGUGGUUAAAGAAGAUUUUGAAUCAUUAUCUUAUAAUAUUUAUAAUAUGUGGAUGAAAAAGAUGGAAAAGGAAUUAGAAAGAAAAGCUGUUUCUGCUGUGGUAUUAUCUCAAUCAUUACCUGGAUAUAUGGCACCAGAGAAUUCUCCUUUCUUAGCCAAAGUAUUCUCUCCUGCUAAUCAAUAUAAAAUGGAUGAUAUCUUAUCAUUCUUUAAUUCAGUUUACUGGUCAAUGAAAUCUUAUUUUAUUGAACAUGAAGUUAUGAAUGAAGUUAUCAUUGAACUUUUAAGAUUUAUUGAUGCUUUAUGUUUCAAUGAUUUAAUUAUGAGAAGAAAUUUCUUAAGUUGGAAGAGAGGUUUACAAUUGAAUUAUAAUGUUACAAGAUUAGAAGAAUGGUGUAAAGGUCAUGAAAUUCAAGAAGCUAGUGGUUAUUUAUGUCAUUUAUUCCAAGCUGCUAAAUUAUUACAAAUUAAGAAGAAUACUCCUGAAGAUAUUGAAAUCAUUUAUGAAAUUUGUUAUGCUUUAAAACCUUCCCAAAUUCAAAAAUUAAUCAGUCAAUAUUAUGUUGCUGAUUAUGAAACUCCAAUAUCUCCUGAAGUCUUACAAGCUGUUGCUGAUAGAGUCAAAUUAUCAAAUGAUUCAACUAAUCAAGAUUUAUUUGAAUUAGUCUCAACUGAUGGUUACUUUAAUGAUCCUUUCAGAACUGUCAAUUUAAGACCUUUCUCAAGAGUUGAAGCUUAUGUUCCAGCUUGGUUGACUUUACCUAUAAUUAGAAGAAUUGUCGAAUUAGUUGCAAAGAAUGCUAGUGUUCAAGAAUCUGAAUAA